AUGCUCCGGACUUGGAGACAAACUAUUCCUCUAUUCCUCAAGGAGAAUGAUCUACUCCUUGAGGCACCACUUCAAGCCUUGGCUACCCACACGACGAACCUACAGCUAGAAAACUGGCUUAGCCGGGGGAUCUCAGGGGUACGUUCCUUGCUAACCCAAGAGGGCGUCAAACCAUUCCCCGAAAUUGUUAGGGAAUUUAAUAUCCCAGCCAGGGAACUAUUCACCUAUUUGAGGCUAAAGAAUAUUAUUCAGGAAAGCCGGAUUAUCCUGAAAGAAUAUAACCUCAUACCACCAUUUUUCCAUAAGUGUAAGGGGAAACUUCCCAAGGUUAAAGCACUAUCCCUCUGCUACAAUACACUUCUUACCCAAUAUACGGCAACAAAACCUUCCUACAUGACAAACUGGGAACUGGACCUGGGAAUGCAAUUCCCAGUAGCCACGUGGCAUCAGGCUCAGAAGCUAACAAAGCAGGCCUCACAUAGCCUCAACCAGUGGGAAACCUACUGUAAACUAACUAUGCGCUGGUACCUGGUCCCCAAAAAAUUGGCACACAUAUACCCAGGUGCGAACAAACUCUGCUGGAGAUGCCAAAAUCAAGAGGGAUCCCUAUACCAUAUAUUUUGGACAUGUACACAGAUCACAUUAUUAUGGAAGGCUAUUCACACACUUUUUUGCACGGAUCUAGGGAUCAAGGUUCCACUGACACCAGAAAGCUUUUUAUUACACAUUUUCCCAGACAAUCUCCACGAAGAGGAAAGCUAUUUAACUAUCCAUUGCCUAAUGGCAACUAAAACUGCGAUUGCCCAAAAGUGGAAAUCCACACAGGUGCCCACGCUAUCAGAGAUUCUGGGCAGAUUAGACUCGAUAUAUAAUUACGAACACAUGGCAAGUCGUAUCACUGAGAGGCAACGUAGACAUGAAACAAGGUGGCGCAGAUGGGUGGACUAUAGAUAUGGAAAGACAUAAAAGAGGCUGCGGCAUAUUUGAUACUCUACCAAGCUCCUCAGCAAAAAAGGGCUUCCCAAGCUAACACCGUGUAACAUCCUCUAACUGACCAUUUUCCCUUUUGCCCUUCUCUUCAACACCAACACAAUAUAAUAAAUACUCUAUGCCAUAGCACAGCCUCGCUAACCCCCCACCAUUCUCCCUUCCCGCCCCGGCGGUCCUAAAAGUUAGGACGGACAGAUGCAAAUUAGUGCCUUAGAAUGUUUCAGGCAAACUUGAAUAGAACUGCCAUUGUAUAUAUGUAUAUAUGUAUUAUAGUCAGAAGCUGGUAAAUUGUGCCUAAUGACGAAUAUCCAAUUCCAUGCACAGAUGUUAUUAUUAUUGAUACUUUUUGGAUGGCUAUGAUACAAUGUUUAUGCACUGUCGCCCUCCCUCCCCCCCCCCCUUUUCUCUCCGUGUACCCCAUCCCACGUUACCCCCCCUCUGUAUAAUAUGCAUAUUCAGUGAAAAUCCGAAAAUAAAAUACAUUUAAAAAAAAAUAAAAAAAAACAUGGAGAAAUUUAGCAGACUGUUUGUUGAUCUACAAUUUGCAGAUCCUUAGUCAAUUCUCCAACGCUCCGGAACCAGUGAAAGUUAGUGAUUUAGUGUCUUUAUUUCUUAGGUGUUAGUUGCUGCACAACUCUUGUAUUUAUACUUUACACACAACAAGGGCAAAAAUAUAUUUAAAAAAAACUUUUUUUCAUCAUCAUGAAUCUAAAUUCAGAACUCAAAAUAAUUUCCUUCCCCUUUUCAGUUUUUUUAUUUUCUUUGCAUAGUGCGGUUCUGUUUUACAAAUAUUUUUUUUUAAUUAACUCUAUAAUUGCAGGCCCUCUCUCCUGUGCUGUAAGCACUCUCACGCUCACUUUGCUUAUUUUUCUAUCUCUCCCAGGACUGCCUCCAGGGUUUCGACCAUAAUCGUUUAAAAAGAAACAUAUGCCCCCCGAACGAGUAUCUGAAUGAAAAGAUAUGUUGCAAGAAUUGCAGUGCAGGUAAGCAUUAUUUAAGUAUUCAAUUGUGAAUGCUGGACUUUACAAGUAUGGUUCACAGCUAAUGGUAUUUAUAAAGCAAAAAAAAACGAACUUCUAAUUGACUGGUUUGACUUUGACAACACUAAAUCCAGAGAUGUAUGCCAGUUUUAGCACAGACUUUAUUUUGAUCCCACAAUAGAAUAGCAGUGAGUUUAUUCCAUAUUUUCUGGUGUUAGGUUCUAUCAAUUGGUUGGUUUUAUCAGGAGUAGUGAUGUCGCGAACCGUCCGCGAACUUCUCGGUUCGCCACGGUUCGCCGCGAAUGGUUUGAAUGGUUUGUGGCGAACUCCGGUCAGCUGACACAUCCCUGCCAAUCUCCGGCAGACCCUCCCUCCCAGGCUGCCUUCAACAUGGAUGCUGUCCAGGAAGUAGAAAAGAAAAAUAAUAAUAAGAUUUAAAUGUACUCAUAUUUUCUGUUUAAGUCCCUCUGGAUUCUUCCAAUUACUUUAAACGCUCAAAAUAGACAGAAUUGGCAAUUGUCUGCAAACAGAUUGCAACAAAUUUGCAGGCAAACAAUUGUUGUAAUUGAAGAUAUAAUUUUUAAACCCAGCCAUUCGCACCACUAACACUUAACACCAUACCCAAUAAUUAACAUAUUUAUUUAAAACAUUUAUAUAUUUAUUUAUUUUUAAUUUGUAUUAUUUUAUUAAUUUAUUUUCAUUUCAACCUCGUGUACUGACAGUAAUCAAAUAAUGCAGAUUUUGUAAGAUCCACCUGCAAAAAGCAAGAAUUUCACAUCUUUAUUGUUCUUACUGUAAAUAAUUACUCUGCUGUAAGUGAAAACUCCUUUCUUCCAGUCUCAAUGGGUGACCAUUUGUCUGUUGUAUAUUCCUGCUAAUGAACAGGCUAGUAGAUAGCGGUUUGUACUGACCCUUUAUGCAUUUGCACACUACAGUCUGUAAGAGGCUUUGAUUUUAUUUAAUCUUUUAUCUGAUUGUCAUAGUGUAUUAAUAAAGCUCUGAGCAGUUUUUACCAUGAGAUAGAUCUACACCCAGGGUGUACGUGUGUCUAAUGUUGAAGGAACACUCCAGAUCCUUAACCCCUUAAGGACAAAACUUCUGGAAUAAAAGGGGAUCAUGACAUGUCACACAUGUCAUGUGUCCUUAAGGGGUUAAAAUAGACACCAGAUAAUACUGAAUGCGAACUUUUGUAAUAAUUUAAUUUCUUCCACUAUUAUCUUUAGUAAAUGUGAAAAUUGCUAAUUUUCUCAUAAAUAUUAGAUUUUGCAUUGUUACACUAUAAAUUAAAAAAAUGUGAAACCGGACAUUAUUCAUGAUUGAUCUGCAGUGUUCUACUCAUUCCUCUUACCUUCCAACACUAACAAAGAAUUAAAAAAAAAAAAUAUAUAUAUAUAUAUAUAUUAAACAAUCUCAAUAAUUUCAGACUUUGCCCUAUUAUUCCAUUUACUUUUUUACAUUUUGUGAAGUUGCAUCCUUUUUCUCAUUGAGUGCAUUUGUACAUUUGUCUUUUCCCAGGCACUUCCGUGAAAACACAUUGUACGCAGAAUCAUGGCAACUCAGUCUGUGCCCCGUGCACGUUGGGAGAGGACUAUACGGAAUAUCCGAACGGCCUUGAUCACUGCCUCAACUGCAGGCAUUGUACUGGUGGUAAGAUUGACGCAUCCUCAAAUGUGAAAAUUCUAUUAAUAUUAAUACAUUACAGCAAAGCAGAAUAUAUUUGGCAAAUAUGUUUUUGUGAGGUGUGAAAAAUUACAAUUAAAUGCAGGCAUUCAUACUUCUUUAAAAAAAAAAAGUUAGCUGUGCAAGUAACUAUUUUCUUUUUUUUUUUAUUGUAUGUAUUGGGGCUUAUGUGUACUACAAUCAUUGCUGCCGCCCAGGAGUAGUGGAAGUCUAAGAGCAGGACUUAUUUUUGUGUAUUCAUACUUCUUUAUUAACUUCUGUCCUUUAACUGCGUGCAUCCAUCUUGCCUUCCUGUCAAUCAUUGCUAUUAAUGUUGUCCUUUUCUGCCACUGAUUAUAGUUAGUGGAAGUGGUUAAAUAGAAACAAUGUAUUUUUUCCCCCUCCUUAUUUGCAUUGUAUGCCCUAACUGUACCAUUGGAUUGAACCACUAAUAAAUAAAUAUGGCACCCGGCAUUUGCACAAUUGUGUUUAGCCUGAGUGCAAGGAUUAAACACUUUUUGUGUGUGUGUGUGUAUGUAUAUAUAUGCAUAUGUGUGUGUGUGUAUAUAUAUAUAUAUAUAUAUAUAUAUAUGUGUAUGUAUAUAUAUAUAUAUAUAUAUAUAUAUAUAUAUACAUAUAGCAAAAUAUAGCACUCCAAGGACUAAUCUAAAAUGUAACUUUUAUUUACCUCAAAUAAAAAAAUUCUUAAGGUCUUGAGAAUUUUUUUAUUUGAGGUAAAUAAAAGUUACAUUUUAGAUUAGUCCUUGGAGUGCUAUCGUUUGCUAUUUUUUGUAUUUUUGGCUGACAAGCACCAGGCACUUGACAUUUUGAUUGGUGGAGUGCAAGAUUUUUUUUGCUUUUUAUAUAUAUAUAUAUAUGAAAAUAGAUAAUCACAUAAAAAAAAUGUUUAAAUAAAUUAUAGGUGAUUUUCAAUGUUUUAUUCGGUAGUAUUAUUUCAUUUCUGUAGAACAUUACUAUGUUCCUAUUUAUAUACAUAGUGGAUGUCUAAUGGGUUAAAAAGAACAGAUAGUACUUUGCUAUGGUGUGUCAUGAGAUGAGGACUCUGGAAUGUGGUAUUUGGGUGUCUUGUCCUUAUAUAGUCAGAGUUAUAUUCAAAAGGUCUGACGUCAUUAUGGUCAUAGCUAUAUAGAAUAGUGAGUAAAAGGGCCACACUUUUGCUGUUGCUUGCUGCUUGAGGUUCUUGUCUGGUUGUUCUCUAACUAUGUAGAGUCUAACUCUCCUUUCAGUAAUCCAGCAAUUACCAUCUGCUGUCGAACAUCCAUUAUCCUGUAACAUCCUUUAUUGUUUUAUUAUGCAUCAGUAACUGUAAGAGUAAACAUGAAGUCAAAUUGCGUAUUAGUACUGGUUCAUAUAGAUCUAUAUCUACCUGGUGAGCCUUUAACCCACAAAGAUAUAUAUACAAUAUUUACUACAACUCAAUCAAAGAUCACACAGAAAGCGAUUUUAUUACAUUUGGCGAGCCAGCCAGGCGAAGUCUCCCACUACUGUACCAAAGAGUAGAAUGGUGGCACAUGUGUGACCAAGCUCCGUAAAAUACCCCAUUACUUUCCAACUGACGAUGUUCCUUGCAAACUGCUGAGCCAUGGAAAGAAGCCUUUCAGUAAGCGCAGGCGCAGUCUGUGCUCCUUAAUUACCAUGGAAAACAAUAUCCAUAGACGUGCUACUUCCCUUUCCCUAUUCUCUAUAUUUAGAUAAAUAAUGAAUUAUGUGACCCAUUGAGGUACUUUAUGUAAAUGACUGGGGAAAAGUGUAAAAUGUUAUAACAAAUGCUCUCUUCUCAUUAUUUGUUUUCUUUUGAUUUUUUUCAGACAAAGUGCAAGUUAAAUCGUGCACACUCGAGUCCGAUGCUGUGUGUCAGUGCAAACAAGGCACCUUUUGCCCUCCCGGAGGCACCUGUGAAGUAUGCAAAAGAUGUAAAAGGUAAUGUUAAUGACGAAUUAUGUCAUUUAUUCACCUGUUUCUACCCAAACCCAUGACUCCUCGGGCAAGAGAGUGUUUCCCUGACAUCUUAAAUGACUUAUGCAGCUGCAGAUACAUGACUACUCAGUCCUAAAUGUCAGAUAUUAUCAAGAUUAACGGGACACUUCCACAUCUUAUAUCAACCUAUGCACUUAGAUGGGUUAAAAUGGCAGGUCUCUGUGGUGGACCUGUGUGGAGUACCUCCAUCAUGCUAGUAUAUGUAUGAGGAGUGGAAGAAUAACUUCUGCCUAUGCCAUAUGUAAGUAAGGGGGUUGAUUUUUAGCAGCAAUCAAAAUCUAUUAUAACUGCAAAUCUCUGCAUUCACCAACUCCGUAUAAAACAUCCACUUUAAAGCAAAGACGUAAGGAGAUGUCUAUGAUUUUUCAGCUGAGUAAUAAACAUUAACAACAUUCUAAAACUGUUAAUUUUUGUCUGGCAGGCUCAUUUUAUAGUUUUAUUUUAACUGUUGUAACUUCCUCUAUUCUGGGAAAAUGCGAUGUAUGAAUAGUUCCAUCUCUUACUGAUGUUUUGCCUGUUUCUUAAUGUUUGAAGGUAUAAAUGAGGUUUGCCCAGUCGUGGUCCCAGAGACAGGUAGUCAAACAGCAGUUGGUAUUAAUAGAUAUUUUUGAUCCUCUGUUUGACCUAUUUUUCUCUGUCCUUUUGUUUUGGACUUUAGUUGUUCAGGUCCAGUGGAGAAAAAUUGUACAGCGACUUCAAACACGGUUUGUGAAACUAGUGAGCCAUCAAGAGAAACCAAACCUCCCUCCAUUCAGACUUCAGAAGACCCCAAAACUAAUUGUAUGUAGAGUGACUAUUCACUGAAAUAUUGAGUGUAUAAUAAUAAUUUUCUUGUUUAAUUGUGUUUUUCUUUUCUCAUCUCUGUUUUCAGCAACUGAUAAAAAAUCAUCCACCGACAUAUCUGGUAAGAUAAUAAUGGAAACAAUGGAUGGGGUAUUUUAGAUGUUUUUUUCUGCACAGUAAUUUCUGAAAUUAAAAUAAAAAUUGUAGGGCAUCGCUUUUACUUCUCUGAUGAUGAAAGUGUAAAGACCAAGAAGAGGCGCAGUUGUCUACCGCUCUGUUUUAUUUCAAAUUUAAGCAUCAACAUCAUGAGUGGAGGAGGUUGAUAUGUAACAUUCAGCCUUAAGCCCACCUCUCUGGCCUCCCUCACUUCCUGCCAUUCUCAGCCUCAUCCUCUGCCACGCUACAGUAAUGGAAGACUAGGGGUGGAGUAGGUAAGACCAUGACUGACCAGGAGUUAGGGGGGCUUAGACAUGCACAAGAGAUACAAUGGGUGUUGAGAGGCAAACUAAGGAUCAAGGUGGUUAAAUUCACAUAAUCAGUAAGAGUCAUAUAAGAGACACACAAUGUGUUAGAGGUGGUAAGAGACACAGUAGGGGAUAAAGAAAAUAUAGUAGAGACACAAGUGGUAAGGGCGGUUACAAGAGGUUAGGAGACACACAUACAAAAGAGAUGCAACAAGUGGGUAGAUUUACAUGCAAAUCAAUUUACAUUUCUGCCCCAGGUGCCAAAUAACUUAGGUAUGUUCUGGUACAGGGAAUGGGGGUGAGAAUAUGCAAGCAGCUCUGCUGUCUAUGGAUUCCUCAAAAAAAUAAUGAAAUAAAUUAUAAGGAGGAAGCUUGAUUCGCCCUUAUUGUAAUUAAAUAAUGAGUAAUGAAUGGGUGAAACUUUAUCCAUAAAGUAAUUUGUUUUAAGUUCUUCUUGAUAUAUAAUGGAUUUGGUCAUUUGUCUUUUAGACAAAUGAGAAAAAAAAUCCCCCAAAAUGUGAGAUGAAUUUGCAUUCAUUAACGGAGUGGAUUUAUAGAGUGGUGUUUAAAGAGAAGGUUCUGUGAAGCUUGUCUUGAGGUGCAGCCAUGCAGGUGGUGUACCAGUUCAGCAUGAGGAAAUAUUGUGAGAAAAUAAGUAGUGUGUUAAGUGUGAAUAACGAUUUACUGGAAGAUAACCUAUAGGAUCCAUAAUUCUACCAAAGUGGUACCAAAUCCUCUGGGCACACCAACAACUGAAGGUUUAGAAAUUUUGCUAAAUUGUUUCAAUAGGCAUACUGACAAAAUUGAACCGUCGCAGUGGCUUGAGGAUUAACCAGGGAACCACUACCCUAGCCUGUAUGCUCUGUUUAAGACAUGGAAGGAACAACUCAUUCUAUACAAUUAUAACUGCCCUUGCAACAAUAAAAACUAGGGCAGAAAGGGGAAACAGGAAAGCUUUUGGGCAAAGAUUAUCUGUGUAAUGCCCACUCCACUUUCUUGGAAAUUCCAUUUCAACGCUACACACUAUGUGCAGAUGUUACUUUCAGUUUUUGUUUUAAUUUACCCAAACAAAAAGCAUUUGUGUUAAUAGUGCUAUUAUUUUUUGACAGUUUGGGCAGUUUUGGCAAGUAUCUUCUUCAUUUUACUCCUUCUUUGUCUGGCCAUCCUUUGUGCAUAUAGAAAGAAAAUUUGCAACGGUAAGAAAAAGUUCCAUUUACGCUCCGUUACAUGUGUAAGAUUGCGUUACAUUGUUGUGGAAUAAAAAGCAUUGUGUGUGUGUAUCACAUGUGUGGCAAACUAGCUAUCAGUGUACUCUAUAUGGCCUGAAGAAUGUGGACAGCACUUAAACUUAUUAGCUUAGUUCCUGAAUCAUUGUUGAAUGGUGAUCAUUCUGGAACGCUUGCUGUCCCAGCAAAUAAACACAAUAGAAUGGGCACCUAACGUUACAGCACGCCUUAUUGAAGACAUCAUGACAGUCAGGAAAAAAAGUUCUCAUUAUGUAAUAAAACACUUUAAUAUUUAGAAUCUUAAAAAUAAAUCACCAUAAAACACACUCUAAUUUUCUAUCUAGUUACGUACGUCUUGGAUAAACGUAGUUAGAGAAGCCAAGCCCAUGAACAUUUUUACAGUGCAAGAGCAUUUUCGAUAUUUUUUGUACAAAACCAAACCCAGUCAGCAUUCCAUCCGAAACCGGUCAGACCUCAUUAAGUGGACUUGAGCCUGGGCCAGUAUUUGGCUCCUUCAGAAAGUGGCCACUUGUUCGUCGAUCCCGUCCCUGUUAAUAUUCAUCAAACAAGUCUUUUAGUCAUGAGAACUUAGACGGUGUUAAACCAACAUCACAGAGCAUAAAAAGAGAUCACUUGGCAGCAUUCUAUUGAAUUCCACAGUGAUUAUUCCAUUUAAAAACGCUGCCACUUAAAAUGAUACUGUCAAUUGUGGUACUCAGCAUGAACAUUCCUUUGACUUCCAUGACCAUUGGUCCAUUUUAAAAAUGUUGUCACUUAAGGAUUCUUCCAUAUUUUGCAAACAUCUUUAAGGGGAAAACCCACUUGUACGGUUGCACUCAGGGGUAGUAGUUUGGGAAGCCAUGAUUACCUGACACUCUCUCCUCAGGGCUGCCAUAUUCUCUGUUGCCAUAUCUGUUUAGCUUCACCUGCUAAGACUUGCACAGUUACUCUUGUUGUGUACUCUUGUGCAUGCACACAAGAUUCUGUUGCACAGUGUGUUUCAUUAGAAGAUGUAGAUUCUAAUCUACGGUUGCUCAGGAACUGUGAGGAUUUGAAAGCAGAAGUUCUGCCCAUUACCUAAUUUUUGCCAAAAACAAAGUCUUGCCUGUGUGACACAAAACAGCCUGGAAUUUCAACAUCCACCCUUUCUCAUAGAUUUUGGAAAUGUGAAAGUGUCACGUUAAUGAUUAUUUAUAAAUGAACACUUUAGAAUUAUAUGCCAGCUUGCAAGUGUAUAUAAUACAGUGUUACACCACGCUACAUAACGAUUUAAUUAAAUAUAAAGAUUAUUUUAUAUGUAAUAUAUGUAAUUUUUACAAGUGAAAUUAUGUACUGCGCCUGAAAACUUGAUUUAUUUAAUUGUUGCCAUUUCCUGUAAACUGUAUUGCUGGGAAUGUUAUCAGGGUCCUUAUAGAUACCUAUAAGGUAUUUGAUAAUUUUUUUAAAUUAAUUUUGUACACCUUAUGAAGGUGGAAAGAAAAUGUAUUGAUGAUUUUAUAUUAACAUUCCAGGCCCUGGGUGAAAUAUUGCAAGAUAGGGGCUACUGUAUAGACUCUAUAAAAAUUCUAAUUUCCCCUAAACAUUCUAUAAACGAUGAUUGAAUAAAUGAAAAAGAAAUACAUUUACAUCAUUUACUUGUAAAGUGUGUCUGAAAAUGACUCUUUUAUCACACAUGUAAGUGCUAGCUAUGCAAGUCAUGUUUCAAAUUAAUGUUUUGCUAUUUCUUCCAAUAAAUAGUGCUUGAUAGUUAACAGUCUGAGCUUAGGGAAUUUUUGGAGGAGGUGGGAUGGGGGAGUGUGAUCGGAAACAGGAGUCUUGGCAGACAUGUUAAGUUUGACUGUUAAGUUUGAUCGGAAACAGGAGUCUUGGCAGAGUUCUGGAAAUUGCUUGACUUGAAAUCACCUGACUUACUGCGUCUACACAGGGUGUGUCGCCAUUAACAGGGGAAAGUCCACAAUUAAUAUAGAAAAACAACACUUGGCUGUAUCCACUAAAGCGGUUUUAGUCACUAAACAGGCUGUGGUUAAUUCAAAACAUGUUCGCAUAGAAAAUCUUUCUCUGCUCUUCAACCAGCAUGUCUGUUUAAACUUCAAAUUCUUCAAUUACUUUUCCAGUUAACUGUUAAGUGAAUACAUUUUACCAAGAAAAUUUUAAAAACAAAAACAAAAUGUCAGUGCUUAUAAGAUUUUCAGAAAAUUCUUCUUGUGCCACACUUACGUUUCUAUAAAAAUAGAAUAUAGAUUUAUUAGAUGCCAAUUGUGUUUUUUUUUUUUAAUUGUUUAUCUUUUUUUUUUUUCUUUUACAGCUUUGAGGCCAAAACAAAAGGUGAGGGAGGGCUUGCUUUUUUUUUUUAUAUCACAAUAAAAAAAAAAGAAGAAUUAAAUGUAUACAUGUUUUCAUUGGGGAUUUUUGUAUUUUUUAAAUUUAUUUUUGACACUAGAUUGUCCAUUUAACAUUUCUAAUUAAAUUGGCGAACAAGUGAGCAUCUCUUUUAUCAUUCUGGUCAUUUAUAAAUAAAAUAAAAACAUUGUUACUUAAAGCAGUAGUUAGUUUGUUAAGGUCAGUGAUUAAAGGGCCUUCAUGAAUGUGAUAAAGGGCAUGUAUCGUUUGAAAAUACAUGUCAUUUUAUUUCUAGAUUAAGUUAAUUUAAUAGGUUUUUUUUUAAAAUUUUUAAAUACAUUAAAAACAAUAAUGGCUCUUUAAAACUGUAUAGAAGAAAUUUUUUUCAUGGUUAAUUGCUGUUUAAGACUUGAAGGUUUAACACUUUCCCCUAAUUCACUGCUAGUUAUGUCACUUUUUUUAAACCUAUUACUACUUAAGUAUUUGUCUGAGAAUUUUUGUUUCCAAAGCACAAACAAUUCUGCUGGUGGGACUCUUGCAUGUCUGUCAAACUAUGCAAACAGUGAUGUUUGCCUUACAUGCACUGGUCCUACAUGUUCUGCAGCAUGAUGUGUGGCACGCUCUGUAUAUGCAGAUUACAUAUACAGAGCAGGUGGCAUUGUAGAUUUGAAGGAAAAUUCAACACUGUAAAAACAGAUAAUGCUCUGUCCUUCAAUAUUAUGAAAAUUGUCUAUUUCAUAUAGAACUUUAUUCAAGCUGUCAAUUUCAAUGUUUAAUGUUUUUGUCUACUGAAGGAUCUCAUGGCCAGCCAUAGUAGUUUGGGGUCAAUUCUGACGCAAGUUUCUGUGACAAAACCCUCACUUGAAGACUCACAGAAGGUAUGUUAGUAAUAAAUAGAGCUAUUCCAAUGACAAAUAACUAAUAUUUAUUAAACUCCCUCUUAUUUUAUACCAUUCUGUUAUAAAUUUUAACCCAAUAUAAAAGAUUUAAUCUGCAAAAAUAUUAGGAAGUCAGCAUAGUUUGACAUUUUUGUAAACACAGGACACGAUGAGUAAAUAAGGGAAUUAAAAUGUCACAGUGCCCGAUCAGCACCACAGUCUGGCCAGGCCUGAUUGGCGUGGUCGCACUAAAAGAAGAAGAGAUUACUCACCUCAGCGCCAGAGCCUCUCCCUCCAUGCAGCUUGUGGAUCGGCGGCCAGGUCCAGCGUUGGGAGGGACACCGGCUGCCGCAAGAUGGCGCUAAAUAAUAACGCCGCCCACAGUGACGUGAAAGUGCAUGCGGCGUCAUGUUUUUGCCGUGCAAACACGUUCUGUGGUCAUGGGACCCAAAUUAGCCAAUAGCAGGAUUUACUGGGUUAUUUAAACCCAAACCUGCAGUUGUUCAGUGCCCUGUCGUGGUUUCAAUCCUGUUGGUUAUCCGAGAGCGCGUUCCUGAUUCUGAUUAUUGGUUUUUGAUCUUGGCUUGGCUUUACUUCCCGUAUUUCUGGUAUCCCUGACCCUUUGCCUUUGUUCCUUUCUGUAUUCCUGACCUCAGCUCGUUACUGCUUAUUCUAUUACGUUAACUCCGGCCACUCUAAGGCCCGGUAAUACGUUGUUACUGUUUGUAUUUGUUACGUGUUUUACUUAAUUCUGCGUGUUGUGCCCCUGGUCCGUUGUGACAUAAAGAAACAUUUUAAACACCAUGACCAUUAAAACUCGUUGUAUAGUGCUACAGCCUUCUCUUGGCUUUGUGUGAAAUUUUUUGGGGGCAGAGAAAAAAAACAUGGCUCUCACUGUCUCCCCCAGCCCACUCCAAUGUUACCAUGCUGAUUAUGAAGAUAUUGCAUUUUCUUAGCGAGCAGACAUCUAUCCAACCUUUGAUGUCAAUGAUAGGCUAAAUCACUUUUGGCAUUUUAGCCCAGAGCUCUCAUUAUCAUCCAAGGCUGGACUGAUUAACAGCAUAAGUGCACUUUCUGGUCAUUGAGUGUUCCGUAGGGGAAUGUUGAAGUUUUAAAUAUAAUCCUAAAGGAUACGGGAAGACAGUGUGAUGGUUAACAAAUCGGUGAAGUGUGGAAACAAAAAAAGGUCUUUAAAGGGAGAGAAGUAUGGCGGUAGGAUGAAAAUCGAGUCAUGAAAGAUGUGUAGGAAAAGUCUAAAUAUGACCUAAAGUCGUCAAAUGCCAAAAGCUGUCCCAGAGCAACAAAAUUAGCUGUCAGAUUAAGGCAUCUUUGUAAUGAGAGUUUUGUGACUGUGUUUCAGGUGCCUGGUGCUAAUGUAAGGGAAAAUUUGCUGCCGGGAUCAAGUGCAUCCAGUUGUUCAGCGUGUCGUGAUAUGUCUGAGGAGGUCCCACUGCUUGCGCCAAACACAAGUACAGAUACCAAGGAGGUAAGUGGCAAUCUGUGAACUACUAAAUGGCAAACAUUCCUUAUGAAUCAGUAAAUCGUCUAAGGAGCCAUGGAAGCGAUUCACUUUUAUUCCACUGGCUCCACCCCUGCUGCGCCAAUCAGUAUCUCCUUAUAGAGAUGCACUGAGUCAAUGUAUCUCUAUGUGGAGCGUUCACCAUCUCUACGCAGAAUUCAGGUUGCUCAACAUGUUGCCCUAGUUAACAUGACUUGCAGGAACAGCGGGACUCUGGGAAAAUCACUGGGGUAAUGACAGCAUGAAUACUGAUUGUUGUAAGCUGUCAUUGGUCUUGUGGAUAGUAGUAGAUUACAUAGUUGAUGAGAUUGAAGAAGACAAAACAUCACACACUGAUUUAAAUUCUGUAUUUAUUAUUUAUUACUGGAAUUUAUAAAGUGCCAACAUAUUCCGCAGCGCUGUACAAUUGGGACAUAAACAAUACAGUAUAAACAGACCAAUACAAAAGUUAAUUGCAGUUACUGAUUGUGAAGGGAAUGAGGAGGUGAUUGACUGUAGUUCCAAACAGCUGGAAGACCAUGCUAUAUAGUUACAAGGAACCAGGGUGGGCAGGAGAAGGGGCAGGUGAGUGGAUAGAGCCAAGUCGAAACGAAGAGGCUUUGUUGCAGAGCUGUUUGGGGAUUGGACCUAAGGAGUAGAGAUACACUGUUAAUUAACCCCUUAAGGACACAUGACAUGUGUGACAUGUCAUGAUUCCCUUUUAUUCCAGAGGUUUAGUCUUUUAGGGGUUAAAGGAAUAUACAGCUAAGAGGGGCAAGCAGAAGUGUGUGUGUGUGGGGGGGGGGAGGGGGUGGUAAUGAUAUAGCAGUAUAACUAUUUGUUGUUUAUUUAACAAUUUAAACAAUUUAAAUAUUUGCCAAUCAACUUCUAUCAGCCAGAUUAUUAAUAACUCCAUGUAACUGCAAAUUAAAAAAUAUUAGAGUAGUAAACUAUAAGUAACAAUGGUAACAUUGUUAUAGUAAAUGUAUUGUCAGUGGAUGUUAAAGCUACUAAGAAAACGAUGGCAAGCAAGUUUUACAAUGUUUUGAUAAAUAACAGUAAUCGAACAAUGAUUAUUUAUUAUACAUACUCUAUUAUGCUUCAUUCCAAACUCGGAAUCUCUGUACAGAGCUCUCUGCCGCUAUCGCAGAUGGAAACUGGAGACAACAAGCCUACUUUGCAGACAGAAGAACAGAAUGCUUCUCAACAUCCUGCAGAAACGUCUGCAGAACCCUGCCCAAACCAAAAUCGCUGCAUUCAUUGUUCUUCUCAAGUGCCCUCAGGAGCUUGUACAGAGCAGAGUCCGCAGGUAAGUUACUUAUUUAAAUUAAACUUUUCCACUAAUUUUUUUUUUUCUUUUUUGGUGCACUGUACACAUUAUGACUGAUCAUUUUUACUUGCUGGUUGUAUGGCAAACUUUAUGGCUGAUGCAAGAGACUACAAUUAAAGGACCUCUAAAGUUGCAUAGGCCACUUUCUCAGUUAUGUUUUCUGGAUAGUGGUUAUGUCAUUUUAACCCUGCAAUGUAAUACAUUGUAGUUUUGUAGUAACUGUAAUGUUUACAUUUUAGGGUUAAAUCCCCCUCAAGUGGCCCUUAGUGACAGCCACUAAAGGCACCAGUAAAACUUGGCCAUGUGUAGGCAUUCUUUUGUAAUAAGGUGCGUUUAUUAUGAUUUAAUCUUGUAUUUUUGUUCCUGUGUUUUCAUAUGGCAAUGCCUGUAUUUUUAGCUCUAUAAAAAUAACAGGCUUUGCAGGUAGAGCCUAUAAUGUGGUUUAUUUGGUAUUGAAUACACUACUAUCUGCUGUUUAUAGUGUCCUCCACCUAUCUAACAUUUCCAUGAAAGCCAUAUAUAAUGGGAAAAAUACUGCAGCUGGAAUAGAGAGAGGUUGGGUUUCUGAUGCAAAAGAAAGGUUUGGAAGGAAAGAGAAUUAAGGGUAUUGGAUACCCUUUCUAGUCUCAGAAGAGUGAGUUGCCCUGACAUCCAAGACAGGGAUAGGGAACCUUUGGCACUACAGAUGUCGUGGCCUACAGGUCCCAUAAUGCCUUUGCAGCCAUAAUGUUGGCAAAGCAUCAUGGGACAUGUAGUCCACAACAUCUGUAGUGCCAAAGCUUGCCUACCUCUGCUCUAGGCACUGUUUGGCAAUACGAUUAGGAAAACAAUGUUGUAAGGAAUAUACUAAUGCCUAAAGGGACAGAAAAUUCCUGAUGCACUUCUUGCAAACUGCACCCAUUUGCGAGCAUAUUCUUAGAAUCAAAAGUCUAUGAAAAUGUGCAUAUUUGUAUGAAAGUCUCCAGAUGGUAUAAUAUUUUGUUGGAGUGCUUGCACUCUUUUUGCCUUAACCCCUUAAGGACCAAACUUCUGGAAUAAAAGGGAAUCAUGACAUGUCACACAUGUCAUGCGUCCUUAAGGGGUUAAAGAGUAAUGAAUCCUGUUAUAGAAAUUAUAACAGCUUUGAUAAAUAACAGUAAUCGAAUUAAAUUGUGUAUUUUGUUCCUGUGCAGCUCAGAGCCAGUCCACAUCGUUCACAGCAGCUUACAGAGAAUGGUAAGUAUUGUCAACAGACAAUUACAUUACACUGUUAUAAAGCUAAUUCACUCAUCAUGGUAAUUGUACAGACCUUAGAGAAGUCACUUGUAAACAUACUGUGAUUUACUGUACAUGGUUCCAGAAAAAGCUUUAAUUUUUUUUUCUUAAUCAAAUUAUAAUUAAGAUUCUGAAUGGGGCACUAUAGGCACCAAAGCAAAUUUUUGUUUUUGUGUAUACAGUUGCAAGAAAAAGUAUGUGAACCCUUUGGAAUGAUAUGGAUUUCUGCACACAUUUUAUGAACAAUUUGUGCAGAAAUCCAGAUCAUUCCAAAGGGUUCACAUACUUUUUCUUGCAACUGUAUAUCAUGCCCCAGCAGUCUCACUCCCCAUUAGUUGCCAUUUAGAAGUUAAAUAACUUUUGUUUCUGUCCAUGCAGCUCUAGCCACACCUCCCCUGACUGUGACUGACAAAAAAAAUUGUUUCAUUUUCAAUCAGAUGUAUUUUCAAUAUAGAUGCAUUCUUUGCGAAUUGAACUUUAAUCACACACAGGUUUCAAGUCUAACUAGCUAUUAACAGAGCAGAGAUAAGAAAUGUGAAAUGAAACAGAAUGUUCAAUAAAGGAAGUGUAAACAUUGGAUCUCACGUUACAGGAAGUGUUUAGAAAGGUUGUGCAAGUCACAUGCACGGAGGUAUAACUAAGGCUGCAUAAGCAAAGUGAUUUAACUCCUAAAUGGACCAAAACUGAGCAGUUAGACUGCAGGGGCAUGAUCUAUACACCAAAACUGCUUCAUUAAAGGGUAGCUAUAGUGGCAGGAAAGCAAACUCGUUUUCGUGGCACUAAAGCUUCCCCCUUUGUCAAGGACCCCAGUGGUGCAGAAGGGGUUAAUAACCCCCUUCUGUCACUUACCUGGGUCCAGCACUGAUGUCCCUUGGCGCUGGCUCACCUCCGUCCAUGCUUGUCACCUAUCGACGUCCGCCAGUGGGGGAGACCUAAUGCGCAUGCACGGCAAUGGCCGUUCUCGCAUUAGGAUCUCUCCAUAUGAUUGCAUUAUUCACUGCUUUCCUAUGGGGAUUCCGGUGACGCUGGAAGUCCUCAUGCAUAGGGUGAGGACGAACCAAAAGUCUUCUAAGAACCCGGAAGUCAGCCACUAGAGGAGGUAAUUAUUGCAGUUUAUAAUGAGCUGAAGUGGUCUGGGUGCCUAGCGUGUCCCUUUAACCCCUUAAGGACCAAACUUCUGGAAUAAAAGGGAAUCAUGACAUGUCACACAUGUCAUGUGUCCUCAGGGCCGGCCUUAGGGGUGUGCGAGCUGUGCGGCUGCACAGGGCGCCAUGGGAGCAGGGAGCGCUGUGCGGCCGACACAGCUCACACAUGGCUGCCGGUGAAAAUAUAUAUAUAUUUUAAUUGUGGUGGGGCGGGGCUAACAGUGCAGCAGGGGCGGAGCUUACUGCAUGGGGGGGCAGAGCUUAAAGUACCGGGGAACUCCUGGAGCUGCACUGCCUCCAGUCCUCUGCUCCUAUGAAGGAACAGAGGUAACUAUGUGUGAUUGUCUGACACUGUGUGACGGUGUGGGGGUGUGGGGGUGUGUGUGACUGUCUGCCUGUUUGUGUGACUGCCUAUGUAUUACUGUCUGCCUGUGUGUGUGUGUGUGUGUGUGUGACUGACGAUGUGUGACUGCCGAUGUGUGACUGUCUUUCUGUGUGUGUGUGUGUGACUGCCUAUGUGUGACUGUCUGCCUGUGUAUGUGUGUGUGACUGCCUAUGUGUGUCUGUCUGCCUGUGUGUGUGGGACUGUCUGCCUGUGUGUGUGUUUGUGUGGCUGUCUGCCUGUGUGUUUGUGUGUGGCUGUCUGUGUGUGACCGCUUGCCUGUGUGUGUUUGUGUGUGUGUGACUGUCUGCCUGUGUAUGUGUGUGGCUGUCGGCCUGUGUGUUUGUAUGUGGCUGUCUGUGUGUGACUGUCUGCCUGUGUGUGUGUGUGUGUGGCUGUCUGCCUGUGUGUGAUUGUCUGCCUGUGUGUGUGUGGCUGUGUGCCUGUGUGUUUUUGUGUGACUGCCUGCCUGUGUGUGUUGUAUGUGUGUGUGUGUGUGACUGUCUGCCUGUGUGUGUGUGUGUGUGUGUGUGGAGCUGUGUGUGUGUGGGGGGUCUGUGUGUGUGGGGGGCUGUCUGCAUGUGUGUGUGGGUGUGUGUGUGGCUGUCUGCAUGUAAGUAUGUGUGUGUGUGUGUGUGUGUAAGUCAGACCAUAUGUGUGGCUGUGUGUGCGGGACUGCCUGCCUGUGUGUGUGGCUGUCUUUAUCUGCCUGUAACUGUGUAUGUGUGUUACUGCCUGUACCUGUGUAUGUGUGUUACUACCUGUACCUGUGUGUUUCUGCUACUAUCUGCCUGCGACUGUGUGCAUGUGGUGUAUUUGACAAGUGUAUAUGUAUAACUGUGCAUCAUUUUAUCUCUGCAAAAAUAUACACUUGCAUUCACACAUAGGCUUAAAGGCAUAUUUUUAUCUGAAUUAAAUACCCUUUACACACAGCCAAUAAGCCCAGCACAAAUAUCACAUACAACCAAUACACGUAUAUCACAUACAGUUAAUACACCCACUACAAAUAUCACACACAGCCAACACAUAGCAUACAUAUCCCCUAUACAGUCACUUCACUCCUAUACACACACACUUUACAUGGAUGACGCAGGGGGGGCACUGUGAAUAUUUUUCGCACUAAAGGCCUAAGGCCGGCCCGGUGUGUCCUUAAGGGGUUAAGCUAAAUUUGUUUUUGUCACUUUACUGUGUCCUUUUAGCAAAACAGCAUGUUCUUUAUUUUGGACAUGAGAUGAAUGCUGCAGUUGUUGGUUACAUCUAUCAUUAUCUAAAUAUGACUAACAAUAUACACUGUAUGAGCACCAGUAAAUUGGGUAAUAGUAACCUGGAUGUUGGGCAAAAGUAAUAUCCCCAUCCCCAGGACAUACUUGGAAACCAGAGUAAUCUGAAUGUACCUUUCCUGGUUAAACACGUAAAGAUCUUGUUAUGAUGCAUCAUUACGGAGACACUAUAGGCACCAAAAUCCCUUAAGUUGAAUGUAGUGGUUCUGGGGCAUUUAGCCUGUCCCUGCAGGAUGAACAAUGUAAACAGGAUUCUUGUGUCAUUUAUUUGACUGUGCCUUGUUCUUAGAUAACAUUUUCUGGGUUUAUAAUGUGUUUUCUCCUUUUUGCUUUUUUUCAACAGAAUGGCAAACCUGUUUCACUUGCAUUGUACGCGAAGUACCAUUUAAUGUAUUUAAUACAUUUAUGAGAACAAUGAACCUCAAAGAUAAUGACAUAGAACGUAUUAAUUCGGACUUCCACACAAGCGCUGAGAAACAUUAUCAGAUGCUCCUCACUUGGCGUCAACAGCAGGGCUACAAUGCGUCCAUCAAAAUGAUACUAGAUGCUCUCGCUGAACUUAAACUAAUUGUAUGUAGAGACAAUGUUGUGAACAGUCUAUGUAGUAAAAACAUUUUUUUGUAG